AUGGAAUAGAAGUUUGGGUUUGAUCAAAUUGAUAGGCUCAUUGGAUAGUCAAAAUUUAAUAUGGAGAACCAAAAGAUUUAAACCCUUUACAAGGCAAUAUUGGAUUAUGAAUAACAAAUAUAUCGAACCUGA